AUGUAAAAAACAAAUAUAAAAUCUGUUACUGCUCGAAAUGAGUAAGCGAAGGCUAAACUUACAAAAGAAUAAUUUCUGACUCUAGCCAAAAUGUGUUAGAGUACGAGUACUCAAUAAUUGUUGAAUAAGAAAUAGCCAUCCCAAUAAAAACCUGUGUUGGCAAGUUAGUUGAAUAUUACUCCAAGAAAUAACACUCCAAAAAGUUGUAGAACUGCACAGGAAAUGAAAUAUUUUCUUUAUCAAAAGAAUCUAGUUAAAGACUCAAUCAAUAAGCCUUAGAAUCAUUCUUAAUUGCUCCCAAAGACUAAGAACAGUUUGCAUCGUAAUUUCUCUUAGUUGGAAAAAUCAUCAAACAGCUAGUAGAACAAUGGGUAAUCAACGGCACCGAAUACUGUAAAAAAAAAAUACAAUUUGCUUUCAACUGACUCAGCAAAUAAACUAGAUUAUCGUUUCUCCUCUGUUCAGUUUGCAUAACAAAUAGUCUAACAAUUAAAAAAGAAGUUUGAACCGCAGUAACCACAACAAAAGAAAGAAAACUUGCAUGUUAGCUUAGAUGACUUUGUGACUUAAAUAAACAGACCACAGUCUAUUAUUUCCCCCUUCAAACAGACCAAAUCGUUAUCCCCUUCAACAAGAGUCAAUAAUGUUCCUUCCAAAAAAUCCCUUUAUUAUGUCUCAUCCUUGGUGGAAUCCUUCAGACACAUUUUGCCAUAAAAUCAAGAACAACAACUCUUCAGGGAUCAUGCUGUAUAAACAUUUAAUUGUGUUUCGUUCUGUGUAAAAUUGCAAGAAGCAACAUAACUGAUUUUGGAACAAAAACGAAUGGACAUCCCUAUGAAAUCACAUUAUAAAUUCAAGAAAACUGUUGUAUUCGAUCUAGAUGAGACUCUGAUACAUUGUAAUGAGAAUCAAAAUCUGAAGGCGGAUGUCUAUUUACCAAUCACAUUCCCUUCUGGAGAUACAGCCCAAGCUGGCAUCAAUAUACGUCCCUAUGCUAAAUGGAUCUUGUAAGAGUUGAGCCAACUUUGCGAGGUCAUAGUUUUCACAGCAUCUCAUCAAUGCUAUGCUAGUUAAGUGAUUAAAUUUCUGGAUCCAAAUUCAAACCUCCUCUCUGGUUAAUUAUUUAGAGAUCGAUGUGUGUUGUCCUAAGAUGGAGUACACAUCAAAGACUUGAGAGUCUUGAAUAGAGAUCCCAAGGACAUAGUCUUGGUUGAUAAUGCAGCUUACAGCUUCGGAGUUCAUUUGGAGAACGGAAUCCCAAUAAUUCCAUUUUAUGACAAUAAGGAAGACAAGGAAUUGAAAAUGUUAUAUGAUUUCUUGGUUGACCAGGUAUUGCCUGCGCCAGACUGUAGAAUAGUUUUGUAAUCGGUUUUCAGAUUAAGGGAGUAUUACAACUAUGGAGAACCAAAACAAGCGAUAGAGAAAUUAUAUUGAUUUUAUAUAUAGUUUGAUGAUUUACAUUUAACAGGGAA